ACAGUUCGGCGAUAUAGGGAGAAAUAUGGCUUCUUGUCGCUGUGGUCGUUGUGCGAUGUGUUUGCAGAGAAUGAAAAUGGCUCAAUCGCAAAACGGCCGAUUUGGAUGCAAGACCUCAUGCGACCUGCGCCGGGAAGUCAGCGAUCUGCGAGAUAUGGUUGUGCAGCAGGGUCAGCAGCUAAAUCGUUUGCUUAGCAAUCAGAGCUGUUCUAUGCCGCCGGACAACUCCACGAGCUGUGGCCCGAGGUCAAGUAAUGGAGCCUCCGCCAACAAUCAAUACCAAGCCAGUAAUACCCAAAAUGCUUGUUCCACCAAUAACGCCAAUAAUGCCGGUUGCGCAAUGAGUGUAGCUGCUGCGGCUCUAAAUAAUCAAUGCGGUGUGGGAGGAGCCGGGAUUGCGCCUAAUAAUCAAUGCGGCAUGGGUGGAGCUACAGUAGCAGCCAACAAUCAAUGCGGGAUGGGUGGAGCUUCAGUAGCAGCCAACAAUCAAUGCGGGAUGGGUGGAGCUACAGUAGCAGCCACCAAUCAAUGCGGGACGGCUGGGGCUAAUAAUCAAUUCGGAUUGAAUAAUUUCGGCUGCGGUGGGCCGGGAAAUAUGGCCGAUAACAACCAAUAUGGUGGCAUGUGCCCUAUUCCGGAAUAUGGACCCCAGCAAGGUACUUGUGGAGGUCCGCCGCGUGGGGGAAUGGACGGUAGGGAUACAUGUCCCGGAAAAUGCAGCGGACAAAGCACGGUUCGAUUGUCUAAUGUUAAGAACAUCAAAAACUUAAAACCCGACGUACUGUACCAUUUGGGUCUUGACACAGCCAGCAUGGACUUCCGUAAGGAAUUCGGCGAUGUCAAGUACGUUGUCAUGGGUAGCACGGAUGAAAGUGUGCUAAGCUUUGCAAAGCGCAUGAUGAAGGAUUUGGAUCUACCCUCUGGAAAUCCGGUAAACAUAGCCAAGUCUGGCAAUCGCUAUGCCAUGUACAAGGUUGGUCCCGUGCUAUGCGUUAGCCAUGGGAUGGGAGCGCCCUCAGUAAGCGCAGUUAUGAACGAAGUAAUUAAGUUGGUGUACCAUGCCAAUAUUCAGGAUCCGAUUUUUUUUCGGAUAGGCGCCAGUGGGGGGUUGAACGUAAAGCCUGGAACGGUGGUGAUUUCUGAGCAAGCUCUGGAUGGUCAGUUGCGCAGCGCCCACGAAGUGGUUGUGCGAGGUAAGGCCGAGCAACGGCCCACUACGUUGGAUGCGCAACUUGCUCGUGAGGUGGCCGAUUUUGCUCGACCAGAAGAUGGAUUCCAAACCGUUCUUGGUAAGACAAUGUGCACCAAUGACUUCUAUGAAGGACAGACGCGCACCGACGGUGCCUUUGCGGACUACACCGACAAUGACAAAAUAAAUUAUCUACAAAAGCUCAAAAAUCAGGGCAUAACAAACAUAGAUAUGGAAAGUGCUCCUUUCGCCGCUUUCACAAAGCAGGCUAACAUACGCAGUGCUAACGUGUGUGUCGCCAACUUAGAUCGCCUCAAAGGCGAUAAUAUAAACGCUGACAAGGAGGAGCUAGAAAACUGGUCGCGCCGGCCGCAAAGAAUUGUCUCACGCUAUAUUCGCAACCAAGAGCUUGGACCUGACGCACUCAUAAGUGACGAUGAAGAUGAUGUACCGCCAUCUAUUCUUCGAAACUCCAGAAAGCCAAGCUGUGUAAGCUCUCGCUGCUCCAUGGUACCAGAACGUUAAUCCAAUCAAAUUUUCAAGUACUUUAUCUCCUAGUUUAUUCUACUUCUCCUACUCUACUUUCUGGCAAGCACAACCACCUAACAAUAGCCCAAUAAAUAAUAGACUCAAUUUUA